AUGCACGCCAUCAGCGUUCUGGGAGUUGCCGGGGUUGCGUCCGCCGGCUACACGUCGAUCCGAGCCGCGAAUUCCAGUGACCCCUGGGCUGAUUGGAACGCGGAGACAGCUUUCACAAACAAGAACUUCACCGUCACCCCCAAAGGUGUGCUCAACGCCUACGAGAGAUGCGGAGGUAUUGGUCACUACGGGCCGACCGCCUGUAGCCAGGGAAUCGAUGUCACCUGCACAUUCCACAACGACUAUUACAGCCAGUGCUGGCCCGUGACCGACCCGGACGCCCCGGCAGAGCCGAAGCCCGCCGGACCCAAGCCGGCCAAGCUGAGCCCCCUCGUUAGUGGCAAGCCCGUGGGUUUCGCCUCGGACGUCACCGGCGGCGGCGAUGCCGAGCCGGUCCGGCCCAAGGACGUCAACGAGCUCAGCGACCUGCUGCAGGACCCGGAGCCCCGGGUCAUCGUCCUCGACAAGACUUUCGACUACACCACCGCGAUGGGGACUGGUGUCAUUGACGGCUGCAAGCCUUGGGGCGAGUUGGAGGAUAAGUGCCAGGUUGCCCUGGGCCUCGGUGGUGACUGGUGCAACCGCGAGAAGCCCGACGCUCCCAAGGUGCAGGGCCUGGAGUUCAACAAGGCUGGUAUUAGCCCUCUCUGGAUCCGUUCUCACAAGACAAUCAUUGGCGAGGGCGACAAGGGCAUCGUUGUGGGUCGCAGCAUCCGUAUGACGGGUGUGGAGAACAUCAUCAUCCAGAACGUCAAGUUCGAGAAAAUCAACGAGCAGUACGUUUGGGGAGGUGACGGGCUUGAUGUCUGGGGGUCUAACAACAUCUGGCUCGACCACCUCACGAUCAGCCGCAUCGGUCGCCAGAUGGUAGUCGUCCACGAGGGCAGCAACCAGAACAUUACCAUCAGCAGCGUCCACUUCGACGGCUUCACCGAGUAUAGCUCCAAGUGCGGAACAGAAAGUAGCACUUCGCAUUACUGGGGCUCCAAGUUCUCGGGACAGGACGACUCCAUCACAUUCAUCAACAACUACAUGGACCACUUCUCCGGCCGCGCUCCACAAGUCGGAGACAAGAAGGAGACCAGUGUCUCGCUGACCCACGUCGUCAACAACGUCUGGGAGGCCGUCUCGUCUGAGGCCCACGCCUUUGAGGUCCUGACUGGGGGUGUCGUUCUCGCCGAGGGCAACUUUGUCUACAACACGAGCAUCGUGCUCGACGACACCCACGGGGUCGGUCUGGUCUACACGCCCCAGGGCAACGUUGACGAUAGCCUCUGCACAAAGGCCAUCGGUCGCUCCUGCGUCCCCAACACGCUGCUCCAGAGCGGCGCCUUCAACGCCUCCAAGCCCGCCACCCUCGAUGUCCCCGCCUGGAAGGAGCACAGCAACUAUGCCGUUGCCGAGCCCGCCGACGAGAAGCUUCGCGAAAAGGUCAAGGCAAAUGCUGGCUUUGGCAAGCUGUAG